GGAUGCGCGUGUGUGGUUGUUGACUGGUCUGGUCUCUGUAAGCUAUCUGGCUUGUGACCUGUUUGUGGAACAAAGUUUUUUAAUCGGGGGACUGGCGGUGGGGGGCGUACAUAUGGCUGCUGAGGACGGUAUGGUGGGUUUUGAGGGGUGGGUGGCUGCGAGCAGAGUGAAUCUUGGCAUUUCUGCAGCUAGCCGCGACCUGAAUGUGCAAGUGGAUGAAGCCAUGACAAGAAUUAUAAGAAAUGGAGACAUGAGUGGAAAUUGGAGUGGUGUGGGUGGGUGUAAAGUUCAGCAUGAUGUGAAUUCCAAUCUGGUGCGCCAAGCAGAAGAGCAGCCGUGCCUCCGUGAUGCCGGUUAUGGGACGACAAAAGGUGCUUUGUAUUUGGGGUAUGACUCGUGCAGGGACGAGCGUAGCUUUGCUGGGCAGCAGCGCUCUCGAGAUGAUGGGAGUGUAUUGCUAGGACUGGUCAAUGAGACACUGUAUUCAAGGGCGGGCAGGGAGGAGGCUCGAGAAAUAGGACGAUGCAGUAGGGAUGAGGAAAAGGCAGCGGAAGUGCCGAUGCUUGUCCAGGAUAGUGGGCGCCACCAGACAAGCUCUGACGGUGAUCACACUCAGAGGGUGUGCAGACGUGCAGAGUCAUCAGUGAAAAGUGUUGCUGAAGUUGCCGCAAAGCAGCAUUGCGAGGAAGGUUUAGCGGCAAAAGUGCUGGUUGCCAAUCCUCUUGAAAACAGGGUGUCUCUUCUUGCAUCACGCGAUAAACAACUGUGUGUGUUGCAGCAUGAGCAUUCUGCUGUCAUAGGGUUGAGCAAUGUUGAGUCGGAGUGUGAUGGCGGUGAAAUUCCGUGUGAUAGAAGCCUCCAGUCGCGGAGGAUCUGCGACAGUGACAGUGUAUCAUCGUCUGUGAUGGGAGUGGCAGGGAUGGGAAUGGUGAGCGCUGGUGGUGAUGACUUGUGCAGGGAUAGAGGAGUCUGUUUUUACCAACGAGGACAGAGGACGGACUCCCGUUCCUCACCUGGAUUUGGCGACAACAGCUUUGCUGCAGGGAUGCAUCAGGAGGGUUGCCGAUCUGGCAUCAGCAUAAAGGCGAGCACACCAGUUGCAGAAGAUAACUGGGAUACAGCUUGCAUGAUGGGUGGGAGCCAUGCUGAAGUAAAACCGCAGAAAGGUUUUGGUGUUGGAGCAGAAGAAGUCGGCGAAAGCAGCAGCCGGACGACUGGGGCUGGUGGCAGCAGCAGCAACAGCAGCAGCGGCAGCAAUGGAAGGAGAAGUCAGUUUUUAUGCAGAGGGGACGGAGACGGUUGUGUUCAUAUCAAGGAGAACAACACAUCAUCUGGACCUGUAGGAGUUGGUAAUGACAGAAGCAUGACGGGCCAAUUGACAAGCAUGUCUCCCUGCAAGGCGGACGGGGUGGACGCGGAAGAGCAAAGACGUAGAGUGUACUCGGUGGAGGACGUGAACUGCAGAGCUGUAGACAACGUCAUGUGGGGAUAUGGAAGUGAACAGGAAGGUUGCACGCCUUUCGAGAGCAAAAGAGAGAAUGAAAACAGGAACAGGAAUUGGAAUGAAAUGUCACAGGGUCCAAUGUGGAUGGCAGAGGGUGUUGAAAGCCCGUCUGACGCAAGGGCAAUGGAGAGACGGAGUGCUGUACGGGCGCUAUUUUCACACCCUGGACACUCUCCUGCGAGGGAAUCGAUGAGACCUCUCGCGGCAGGUCUUGGAAUGGAGGAAUCGACAGGGAGCCAAGUCUUGGUGCAGGUGGCGGGGGAGAGGAUAGCUGGGGAGAGCCGCCUAGGAGCUCGGAACGAGAGAGAGAUUCUGCUAGGGAGAUCAGUUGAACCACAGCAAAAGCACCUGCUCUCGAACUCCGCGGAUCGCAGAAUAGAGAGGGAGGAGAUGGGGAUGAUGAGGGCGUUGAGAGGGCCCUGGGGAGAAGAUGGAGGCAGCAGGGAAGAGAGCGUUGCUGCCUCUCUGGGGAAAACAAUGCCUGUGAGUGUGGAUGGUGGUUCCAAUUCUGCAAUGUCAUCAGUAGAGUCAUUCUCCACUCCACCACGUGCUUGCAGCUCACCAUCGCUUCCCGCAAGCAUUGGUGCGGGAAAACAAUCAUUUGUCCAGUAUGCUUGCGCUCCCGCCAUGGCAAGUCUUGCCAGUUCACCUCCAAGGAUGGCCAUUCCUAAUGCGGCAUCGGAGGUGUCAGCUUUCCCGUCGCCCGGGUCUAUGACAAUGCCUCCAGGAAAGAGUCAUCCACCUUCUCCUGGGGAGAGUCAUGAGCUUCAUCCGGGUCUUCUUCCACAUCAUCACCCCCAUCACCCUCUGUACCUACCUCAUGUUCCUCCAGUAGCGCCGUACGGAUUCUACCCCUAUUACCAGUAUCCGAUGGGUUACCCAGGUGCUCCCUUAGCUGGUUACCCGUCAAUGGCGUAUGGAAUGUCGGGAGGACCACCGACACCACAAAUGCCGGCUGCUAGCGGAUAUGGGAUGCAGCAGCCAUUUCCCGUCCUCCCAAAUCCUGGGGUCCACGAGCCUGCUGUUCAAGGGGGUGCGUACAGACCUCCCGUCCCGCAACCAAUGCCGUUCUUUCCUUUCUAUCCCUACAACAACUUCUAUCACUCGCCUGCUGUUUCUGACAUGGCGGCAGGAGGAGUGGGGGCUCCUCCUCCCUAUCAUUCUGUGACGCCGCACCAUGUCACUCCACCUAUCUCACCGUUGUCAAUGGGGAGCAGUAUGGAGAGCCUCGGUAGGAGGCCUGAUGGGGGGAGAGGAGAAGUGGGAGUGUGGCAGCAUCUUCUCUUGGGCGGGGCCUCUGUUCUGCCGCCUGCUAUGAACUCCAGUGUGCGGCUGUCGCUAGAGUUGCUGACAGAGGAAGAGAGGGAGCUAGUCUGGCAAAUGCGUCUUAAAAAAGGGAAAGAACGAUCAAGUUUAAAAAUGGCCGAUGCUGCUGCCAAGUCUGAGGCAAGCAGGCAAAUGCCAUCGGGCCAAGUACCUGUUGAUACGUCAGCCACUCAGGAAGAUAUGCGUACCACGUUUACACAAUGUCUGGGUGGAUCCCCCACGGACAGCUCAGAAAACAAAGGACCACAGCCGCUGGCUCAAUCUGCAUCCGUUCAUGCAUCGGUGGCUCUGACUGCUGACGAUAGUGUCUUCAGGAUACCAUCUUGCACGGAUGAUGUUCGUGGUGAUGGUAAGACACUUGAAGGCAAGAGCACCCCAUUUGUGCAAGGAAUGGAGGUCAGAGAUGAUGAAAGGAACGGGAGUGGUUCCGACUCACCCAGCGGAAGGAAUGGUAGUGGUUCCGAUUCCCCCAGCAGAAGGAACGGUAUUGGUUCCGAUUCACCCAGCACUGAGAUUGGCGAUGAUGAAAGGAAUGGAAGUUCCCCUUCUCUACUGCCAAAUGAUAUCUCGAAAGGGAUGACAUUGUACCAGACCUAUUCUACAUCAAUGCAGCCACCAUUGAGAGCGCCGGAACCCGAGAGAGGGACAAGCGUCUCUAGUAGCAGCUGGAAUAGCAUGCUGUCACUGGAUGGGAAACGAGCUGAACCAGGGUGUGCUUCAGACCAGGCAGCAUCGUUGCUGCUGCAACGUAUCAAAUCGGAAUGCUCAGCCGCAGAGGCUGAUGAACCAGCGAGCGACAAAGUCAAGGAGGAAAGCUCCGCUUCCUGUGAAGGUCCCUCUUCUGAGGGAGAAGUUACGGCCACUGCAGAGUUGCAGGAGCAGAGGAUGGAUGGUGCAAGACACAGGAGUGUCUCUGAGUCACUUGUUGUCAAUGCUCCAGAUUCACUGAGUGGCGAUAUGCUAGAGCCGAGUGGGGGGCGGGGCAUUUGCACGAUGGACCCUGUGGGGCCUCCCAGCUCCGACCCGAUUACCUUCCCUGAAAGUUCCGUGCCUACUGCUGUUUCAUUGGACAGAAGGCCUUUGCAGACCCAAGAGCUGGAAGUGGACCUUGGAACAACGGCUGGUCCAGUUGGCCAGCCCGCUACGCGGGUGGUAAGUUGUGAGGGAGAGUGCAGUUCUGACCCUGUGCAGUGCAGUUCUGACCCUGUGCAGACUUCUUCUUUCCACUCAGCUGCAUCGCCAACUGAACCAGCGUAUCACGCAGCAGUGCCAAAUGCGAUGGCGUCCCCUCGGCUGGUCCAUGGUACGGUCAAGCCUAAGCAAGAUCACGCUGAUGAACAGGCUCGAGCACUUGCCGUAGAGCCUGGUGCAGUGGGGGGACUUGUGGGUAAGACGAAUGUGGAGGUGGAGAAUCUGCCGCGGGUGGACAGGUGGAAUAUUCCUGGAGCAAACAUAGAGGUGGGGGGGUGGAGCGGCGGAGCUGGCCUCCAGUAUGGCGUAAAGAGAGGUGCUGAGUCGACACCGACACUGGCCUUGCUGAGGACGGCAAUGGAGGAAGGGUCUCUGAACUCCAUCAUGGGGCCUCUUGUGGGACCAGGCAUUGAUAAUGUGGUGGAUGCCUUUACAAACAACCACCUCUCCAGGCUUCCGUUCUCCCUGGUAUCUGGUCCAGCAGGUGGAAAGCCAGGAAAAGGAGGGGUGGUAAAGGAUGGUAACCAAGCUGGAGAAAGGGAGAGGUGGAGCCUGAAAGGUGAUUUGAGUACUGGCAUGAUGGUGGAGUUAGGUAGGGACAAGUUUCCGGGAGGGUCGAGAGCAGCAGGUUCCUGUAGUCUACCAGAAAUGCAGCGUGAACGAAGUCCUGCAGUGGGAAGUCGACGCGACACGCCUGAGGGUGACACGCAUGGCACAGGGAACUUGGCCCAUGGGAAGGAUUCUCAUAAUGAGGAGAGCGAGGCUGCUCGAUACCGAAGAAAGGCACAGGAAAUGGCGAGCCGAAGACAGAAGGCUGCAGAGGAGAAAAGGAUUGCGGAAUUGAAACGAAUUAAAGAAGAAGCGGCCAUGAAGAGGCUGCAGGCACGCAGGCGGCAACGCUCUGCGAAAUUGGUUCAGCAGGCUUGGAGGGCGUACUGGGAAAGGAAGACAAUAAGGGAAGAGGAGGAAAGGCGCAAACUCGAGGAGGAGAGGGCCAGGGAAAUAGCAAAACGCCAUCUUGCAAUCCUUUGCACUUGGCGUGAUCGGGCUCACUUUUUGACACUUCGGCGCAAGGCAGUUCUUGUCCAGUCACUGUGGCGUGGAGGUCAAAUCCGGAGGCAGUUUUCCGCCUUGAGAAAUUCUGCAAUAGCCAUUCAAAGGGCGUGGCGUGCGUUCCAUUCGCUCGAGGAGCAGCCGGCAUCUUCCUGUCGGUCACGGCCGAAGCAACUGAAGGCCCUGCAUCAUCUCAUUGUGGUCAGGAAUAUGAGAAAAGGAAGGAUUCCCCCAAGCUUGGAGAGGUUUGCUCAACUCUGUGAUAGGAUUCAAGCUGUUACAGAGGGAGCACGCAUUCGUCGGCGACUUGCGUCCAAGCGCCUGCAAUCAAUAGUGAUGGAGAUUCGCGAUACCAGGUCGCUUCUGGAGCAGUUGGCAGAAGAGGCCGACGGGGGAACACCAGAAGUGGAUGCGGAGUUGAUGAAAAGACUUGUUGCGCUCCUAAGGCACAAAAGCAAUCAACUCCAGACUGCGUUGUCGUGCUCAGACCAAGAGGCGAUGACAAUGGUCCAAGCUACUCCUUCUUCACCUGUGAUUCCAAGGCUCCUUUCUCCGGACAAUUUGGUUGCGCCAUCAUUAAGUGGCUCCGGGUCGAGUGGGGCGUGGAAACUGGGAAGCCCGCUGGUGGGAACCGGAACGGCAAAGAGGAAAGAUGUUGCAGAAGAGGCCGGAAGCAAAUCGGAGGAUGCGAGGCUGUUAGAGAUUUUGAAACUUGCAGGCAAAGAUUCAGAGGAGAGACGGCAGGGGAUGAUCGGUAGUAAGGGACUGAAACAGGUAGUCAGGGAGGUGCUUGAGAGGAGGAGGAGAAGAACUGUCCUAGGGAGGAGGGAACUUGUCUCAUCUGGCGAUGAAGGCAGAAGUCAACCACUGGAGCGCAACAGCAAUGUAGAGGUUUAUGGGGAGGAGGUUGAUGAGCAAUCGACACAGGCAGGAGAUUUAUCAGUGAGUGCUAGUGCGAGCGGACCGUCGAAUGCGGACCUGCAAGCUGAGGACGAGGAACAUUUGCUGAAUGAGGAAGAGAGUGGGUUGUGGGAGGUGUCUGAAAACGACAGCUUGGUAGGGAACACAUCCACUGCAGCCGAGUCAAGGAAUGCGGAGAGGGACGAGAAAGGAGGAGCUGGUAGGAAUUCUUCAAGAGUGCGAGCGGGUAGUGACAGCAGCAAUGCUACUGCUGGGGCAGCAGUUAGCGAGGAGAAGAGCAGGGAAGCGGAUGCAAAUGGUAAGGGGUUGUCGGUCCCGACGAAACCCUUUUUGAAGCGGAAAUCGAAGGCGAUGAAACCGCAGAAGCUCGACUGGUCCAAAGUCCAGACAAAGGUGAACAGCCAUCUGGAGCCGGAUUUUAAGGUCAGGCGGCAGCCAAGGCUCAAGGAUGACCAGCAGCAGCCACCGCCUGGGAUCAAGCCGCCGUCGCUUCCUCCGCUGAUGAAGCAGUUUGAUGCUAGGAAGGUAAGGAACAGAAUCCUCAGUUACGAGGCAAUGGCCGGAAGUCUUCUUUCCGCUGACAAAGAGGGAGUCAGCGACAGGCUCCCUACGAGCUUGUCUGCUUCAAAUGUGGAGAUGGCGGCCUGCCAAGGCCGACAGGCGGAUCGGUCGUUGAAGGGGAGCAAUAGCUCAAAGCAUCAGCGAAGUGUAGGGGGGGGGAUGAUGAUGAUGAGGCAGCCGGUAAGGGACGGGGAUGUGGAAGCGCUCAAUGAUGCAAAGAAUCUGUUGGAGCAGGAGUUGGAUCGUCUCCAGCGUGGAGAGCCGGGAGAUUCGAACUCUGACUGGGAACCUGAGUCGAUUGAUGGAGUAGCAGGGGAUGAAGGGGAUAGAGAGGGUGGCUGGACAAGCGAUUCGAACAUGCCAGACGAAGAGGGUCCUUGGCUGUCUGGGAGAAGGGAUAGACAAGGUCGCCUUGAGGCCCUGAGGAACGACAUGAGAAUGGACAGUUUGGGGGUAGAGAAUGCGGAGGAUGUGGAGGAGGUUGGGGUUCUGGAGGAGGUGGUGGUGCCGUCACGACACCAAUCAGUUCCGGGUGGGAAAGAGGGAGUUGAAGCAGGGAAGAGAAGAUUGAGGAGGGGUGCUGUCCGACGCGAAGCAUGGACCGCAGGAGCGGAUUCGAGUCCGAGUCGCUCAAAUCGAGCAGAGCUGCAGGGUGACAGCGAGGAUAAUGCAAAAGAGGAUCUGGGUCGUAGUAGAAUUGGCAGCGGCGUGCUGGUGAAAACGGGUCAGUUGUCUGGCAUCGAGAGACAGAGAGGUCCACCACCUCCAACGGGCGCUGCCAUUGUUCGAAGCGGCACUGGUGCGGAAAGUUGUGCGAGGGAAGACAAAGAAGGGGAGGGAGAAGAACUGGUUUCCGCUGUCGAGAGGGCAAUGAAGGCAGUCAUGGAGGAUGAGAGGACAAAGCUGCUCACCAAAAAAAACAUUUUCAGUAGGCCAGCCGAGGAGGUCAGCCGAAUUCCACGGUUGAACCCUGACGCCUCUGUCCUUCACAAAGUGAAGAAGGGCCCUUUCUAUAAUUCUUUGAGCAGGAGUUCUAGGAAGAGGAGCUUGCAGCUCAACAUGUUGACCUUUGUCUCAACUGCAGGUCUCUACUAAGUAUCUAUUUAUUGCUUCCUUCCUUCUCGCAUCGUCCGGAUCCCGCAGAGUUACCUGUGUAUCACAUACUUAGUACAUAGUUACUUGCUAACUGCAUACUAAGCAAGACUAUGGUGCCCAGUACUUAACCUGCUUGCCAAGUCGGUACCAGGGCAAGUAAGUUAGUGGUACUCUGUUACUUAACCGCACUCACCUACACUUUACCCAUUCCUAGAAUCUCGGACCCCCUGUUGAAGAUGCCUCUUGAGAGAAAGUGGGGCAGUGCUGUGAUGGGGAGUCGCCAGAAAUGAAGCAGUUGUGUUGCUUCGUGGAAAGACCUCUAUUGUCUCCAGCAUGUGCGCUUUCCUCAUACGCAUCUGUGCGUUCCCUAGUUUGAGCUGUGUGGCUCUGUUACUCGCUCACUCCGCUUGGUUGUGCGCCGUCUCCCUCAUAUAUAUAUAUAUUUCUAUUUGACGAUAUAUAUAUAUAUAUAUAUAUAUAUAUAAACUCCAACGGAACAGUCUGUCGUAACCCCCUUGUUUCUUGUCCUCUUCUCCCUCUCUGCCUACGGUUCACCGGGUAGUUUGCUAUAUACAUAUCCAGGAAUGUGAAUAGAAAACCAGAGACGUAGACAAUCGUCGACAAGAACGCAUCUAGGUAACCCUAUUGGUAGGUCCGUCGGUCGAUGUGUGUUUGUCAGACAAGCACGGUGAUUGAUGAAAGAAUGAGGAGGGAGGUGGCCGCUGCUAAGGGGCGGGCGCGGCGAUGGCAGUCGAUGGAAGAUCAAGCAGGGAUCAUGAUAUGAUCUAUUGGCACCAGCGGUAAGUUUUGUGUUUCCAGGCAAGGGAGGGAUGGAGGGAGGAAGGAAGGAAGAAGAUAGUGUAGCCUCAAGAGGGUGUUAUUUUAGUGUCCGAGAACGUGGCCAGUGACGUUAUGCAAUCGCUACCAUGACGAGGGAGUCGGUGCGAUCUAAAUUGUUGUUGUUGUUGUCGUUGUCGUCGCCGUUAUUGUUGUUGUUGUUGUCGUUGUUGUUUCGGAUGCGGUGGUGAUUGCCAUAUUAUUGUUGGUCAAACUUUGUGUCUGGUGUCCAUCAAUCAUUUUGCUGGAAACAGGGGAGAAGCUUAGCGUCAACGACGCAGAGAAAGUAAUCAAUGGACGGAAGUGGGAAAUGAUUUAUUCCACUGUGGAGGAAGAGUAUGUAUGAACUGUUACAGUUCUUUGUGACGCUUGGCGCAUUUAUUUAACUUUAUUCCAACCAUUUA